GCGAAGUUCGGGCCCGGGAAUUCCGAAGGAGGGGUAGGCGCUGCCCGCGCGCCGAGGCCGCGCCCCUCCUGGCCCCGGCUUCCUGGCUGUCAAACAGCUAGCUGCAGCAGUAUCGGCUCCAGCCGAGGAGCCCAGGGGGUCCCGGGACCCGCCGCACAGGCUGGCACUGCUUGAAGAGGAGGCUACUGGGAGACUGCACCGCGCUGAUUGGAGGCUCCCCAAAUAUUCUGCGACCUGAGAAUCCAGCUCAAGUGAGGUGCCAUAGGACGUGUUCCUGAGUUUGCAUUGCAUGGAAACCUUCCUGGAAUUUUUCAUUUGCAAGUCGGCUUAACAACCAAUUUUGCAUUGAGUCCUAGGCUGCUUGCACUCUGAAUUUGGACUAUUCAGGUAGUGUGUUCAAAGUUGAAACUGCACACAGCACAACUCAAGUUUGCAUCAGACUGGGAAGCGAACUUAAGCCAGCGGUGCGUGGCCCAGGAGUGGGAAAGGAAAUGGAUGCCUAAAGUGGAAGAGGUGGUGCAAAGGGGGCACCGCCCAUGCUGCCCUGCUUCCAACUGCUGCGCAUAGGGGGCGGCAGGGGCGGUGAUCUCUACACCUUCCACCCCCCCGCCGGGGCUGGCUGCACCUAUCGCUUGGGCCACAGGGCCGACCUGUGUGAUGUGGCUCUGCGGCCCCAGCAGGAGCCUGGCCUCAUCUCUGGGAUCCACGCCGAACUGCACGCCGAGCCCCGGGGUGAUGAUUGGAGGGUCAGCCUGGAAGACCACAGCAGCCAAGGUACUUUGGUCAAUAAUGUCCGACUCCCAAGAGGUCACAGGCUGGAAUUGAGUGAUGGAGACCUCCUGACCUUUGGCCCUGAAGGGCCGCCAGGAACCAGCCCCUCGGAGUUCUACUUCAUGUUCCAGCAAGUACGAGUCAAGCCUCAGGACUUUGCUGCCAUUACCAUCCCACGGUCUAGGGGAGAAGCCCGGGCUGGGGCUGGUUUCCGGCCUAUGCUGCCCUCCCAGGGGGCUCCACAGCGGCCUCUCAGCACCCUCUCCCCUGCCCCCAAGGCCACGCUGAUCCUGAACUCCAUCGGCAGCCUCAGCAAGCUCCGGCCCCAGCCCCUCACCUUCUCCCCUAGUUGGGGCAGACCAAGGAGCCUGCCUGUUCCCGCCCCACCUGGGGAAGUGGGGACCACCCCUUCUGCUCCACCCCCACGUAAUCGGAGGAAAUCUGUUCACCGAGUGUUGGCGGAACUGGAUGAUGAGAGUCAGCCUUCUGAGAGCCUGCCACCGGUCCUUACGGAGCCCAGGAAGAAACUCCGGGUAGACAAAGCCCCACUGACUCCCACUGGAAAUCGACGUGGCCGUCCUCGGAAGUACCCAAUGAGUGCCCCCAUGGCUCCGCCUGCAGUUGGGGGUGGGGAGCCCUGUGCAGCUCCUUGUUGCUGCCUGCCCCAGGAAGAGAUAGUGGCCUGGGUUCAGUGUGAUGGCUGUGACGUCUGGUUCCAUGUGGCCUGUGUUGGCUGCAGCAUCCAGGCUGCCAGGGAGGCCGACUUCCGAUGCCCAGGGUGCCGGGCUGGCAUCCAGACCUAAGGUCCACCACCAAGGCACCAUCGGACACACCUGCCCAUGAGUAGACACAGCAGCGAGCAAAUGGGUCUGCUAAAUGCCCCCAUUCCCUUCCCUCCCCAGUAGGGAAUGACUACAGGGAAGGAUGGAUUGAUGUGGACUCAUUCAGGGCCUGGAGCAGACCCUGGUGGCCAAGCUGACAGAAGAGAUGGUUUCCUGCCAAAGACAUUGCCACCUCCAGGAAAUUGCCAGUGAGCUGGAAGUUCCCACUAUUACAAGCUAUAAGGCCAUGUUGCCAUGGACACCAGAAUAUCUGUAGUCAGAGCACCUAUCAGUUGCAAAAGCCAUGCCUGCAACUGAUGGAAAAUGUAAGAGGGAGUUUUUUUUUUUUUUUUUGAGACGGAGUCUUGCCCUGUCGCCCAGGCUGGAGUGCAGUGGCCGGAUCUCAGCUCACUGCAAGCUCCGCCUCCCAGGUUCACGC